CAACCCUCUCUCUUUCCAGAUAAUGGUAUGAUCUGAGGACAGAUGUCCCACCAGAGAACGGAACGCCGCCCCCCAAUGCCCAUCACACAUCUGACUUGAGAAAGACUCGACAUGCUGUGAAGUCCUCAGGAUUGCUGGACCAACGCGUUUAGAAGGUGUUGUUUUAACACUGUAAAGAAGACCUUCCAACAGCCAUGAUGGAUAAAGAGGAGAUCAGUGACACUGACAGUGGGAUCAUACUCAACUCUGGUCCCGACAGCCCCACGUCGCCGGUCAAGGACUUGACCACUCACACCCGGGCCAUGAGGCUGAAGCAUCAGGUUCUGGAGGAGAAACUUGAACUGUGUCUACUGGAAAUCAAGAAACUCUGCAUCAGAGAGGCUGAGCUGACAGGAAAACUGCCGCCAGACUACCCUUUACUGCCUGAUGAAAAGCCCCCUCGCGUUCGCAGGAGAAUAGGAGCGUCCUUCAAACUGGACGACAGACUCAUACACCAGGAUGGAGAGGAUUCAGAACUCCACGCCCUAGAAGCUGACCUGGCCUUGCAGCUCCAGAUCGUUGAGGCAGCUCGUAGACUCUCAGUGGAGGAUCACCUGUCUAAACCACAGAAGAAGAGCAGGCUGCAGCAGUACAAGAGGGAGGAGAAGAAAGUCAAGGAUCUACAGGAAGCUGUGUUUCAGCACAGGAUCAGGAAGGAGUGCUCCUCUCCACCAACUAACAAGAAGAAUAACUCAGCCAAACACAGAGAUCUGUGCAUUUCUGAUGACAGCUCCCUGUCUGAUGCAGUGGCCUUGGACGAUGACGUCGACUCUGGCCCUCUCUCUCCCUCAGCGUCUGUAGACCCACUCCUGCAAUCCUCUGUGGGCUCCCUGUCCCUCCAGUCCUCCUCCUCCCAGGGCAGUCUCCAACACUCCUCUGGCCAGAGCCUCGUCUCCAGCUGCAGUGUGGAGCAGACCCAGACCCAGAGCUUCAGUAUGGGCUCCAACUGCAGUGUGGAGUACCCUGAACGCUCCCCCAUCCAGAACUCCCCCUGGAGAGAGUCUAGCCUGGACCAGCCCUACCUAAGACUCAACAAACCCCUUUCUGCCUGCAGCAGCAGGUCCAGCAGUCCGGUAGGGACCCCAGUGUUUCCUGCAGACAGUAGAGUCCUGCCCUCCCACUUCCCCUCCAUUAAGAACCUGGCUCUGAGACAUGGACAAACCCACUCCUCCAGCGCCCCCUCUACUCCAGAGCUGAACGUACGCAGACAGUACUCACAGUCCUUCAGACUUCCCAAAAGUAAGCCCGCUCAUGACCUGAGUGAAGGACGUGGGUGUGCCAGGUUGCCACGCAGCCGGCCGGAGUUCCUGGUUCGGUCUCCACAGUACUCUCCCCAGCUCUUGUACCAGUCCAGCUCUGAGGACAGCAGCUCUGAACACUCUGUCCCCUCCUACACCAGCUCCCCCAGCCGAGACAAUCACAUAGACAGGGAGGGCCCCACACCCACCGAGAUCCCCAAGCUCUGCCCUCCUCCCUACGGCUUCCACUACGGAGCUAAAAGUCCCACCAGCCCUGUGUUCAAUGGCUGCAACAGCCCCAGAUUUUACAAGAACAACAACCAGCACCAGUCCUCUCCCAGUUUGAGAAGGAGAUUGGCGGAGGAAAGCCACUGUUCCCCUCUUUCCCCGCAGGACCUGGACAGUCCCCUGGGGAGGGAUCUCUACCUUUCCCCCUCCAAGGCCCCCCAGCCCCAGCACAGGCACUGGCAGCAGGAGAGACAGGGCCCCCCACCGUUAUCCCCCAGGAGAGUUCUGAAACUCCCACUCCCCUACACCCACCUCGUACGUACCCCAUCACUGAGGGAGUACCCCAAACACCUCGCCCGGGUGCAGCCCAGGGAGAUGGUGUCAGAGGAGCUCAAAUCCUGGCACCAGCGGAACCAGUUCCAAAAUCAGCUCCAGAAGUCCCGCCCGGGUUCCCUGGAGCGGCAGGGGUCAUUCAGAGUAAAGAGCCCCACGUCCCCUCACCUCCCGCCCUACAUGCAGGGUCCCCACCAAAAGGUGAUCCUCCAGAGGGCUGCAGAUGGAACUCCAGUGCAGUGGUUUGUCGAAGAGGACUCAGAGAUCGUUAGCCAGGUGUAACCACAGCCAUAUAUACUGCAUAUGGUGCAUAAUUAUAUGUGUAUAUCUAUACAGUAUAUGUCUCUGGCUGUAACCAGGGGGAGUCGCCCUACUGCAGUAUGCUAUGCUACACACGAGGAGCGAAGGACCCUAUAAACUAUUGAGUAUGUCUGUAUUUAUUGAAUCAAUGGACUCUGUGAGAUUAUACUGUAUGUCCCUGAUGAGGGACAACUGUCCUUGACAAAAUGCAGAAGACGACCUUGGCUCCAUGGAUAGUUGGGUACCAUAAUAAGCACCUAGCUCUACCACUUGUGACGUAUGUAUUUUAUUUAAUCUUUAUGUAAAGAAAGUUUGUCAUUUCUAUGUAAGGAGCUUUGCCAGUUUAUUUAUUUUAUUUUGAAAAGAAAGUUGAUAUUGUGAGUCAAUUUGAUUAUUUUCUACAGGUUAAAUAUGCUAAGUUUUUGUAACAAGUUUCAUACAUUUUUAACUGGCUAUAACAUUUCAAGAUUACUGCUUACUGUAGACUCUCUUUGUGUGUGGUACACAUAUUUGCACAACAAGGUUCACCUAGGUUCCAAAUUAAAUUACGGCCUUCCUAAUAUAAUCAUUUAUUUCUUAAAUAAAAUGUCUAGACUGUUUUCUUUCUCUAUCUUUCUCUAACUGCCAAAUCAGUUCUGUUAUACUCACAGACAUUAUUUUAACAGUUUUAGAAACUUUAGAGUGUUUUGUAUCCAAUACUAUCAUGCAUAUCCGAGCUUCUGGGCCUGAGUAACAGGCAAGUUUUCCUCAAGCAGUAUAGGCACAAUAUACAGGUAACUUCCCAAAAUAAAGGAAACACCAACAUAGUGUCUUAAUAGGAUGUUGGGCCACCACGAGCCGCUAGAACAGCUUCAAUGCGUCUUGGCAUAGAUUUUUUGGGUGCAGUUUCCUGUAACUCUCACUAGAAUUUUAUUACAUAAUUUUUCAUAUUAUUUUUGAAAAUAGUGUUAGAAAAUGCUAGAAAGUUGCUGUUUCUCCUUAAGCUGUAGUACACUAACAAUAACACAAAAUAAGCUGAAUGUUAACCUGUUAAACUAUUCAUUUAUAUUAAUCUAAGAGGCCUUUGUUUCUAAGUGGUUGGUUUGAAGCAUGAUUGUGUUGAUGUUUUCACUGCAUUGCGGUUUUGUUGUGGUACUAACCAGUUGAUUAUAUCAGUUUUGAUAUUGUUUGUAUAUUUAUAAUAAAAAGGCUUUAUAUUA